AUGCAGAAGUUCACUCAGCAAUUCGCAUUCAUCUUUAUUUUUUCUCUCUAUCCCAAAUCAUUUUUGCCAGCGAUAUUUUCAGCCUCUGAUCAUUAUCUAUCUAUCUAUCUAUCUAUCUAUCUAUCUAUCUAUCUAUCUCAUUCUGCUCAUAUAUAUCUAUUAUUAAUGAAUAAGUUCUUAUUAAAAAGUUUUUCUUGCCAUUCUUCAGCCAUGAAGCUUGUUUUCAUCUUUGCGACUCUUAUCUCCUUGGCACUGGCUGCCGAUAUCGACUCAGCUGAGCCGAAGGUUGCCGUUUAUUCUUCCGAAGACAUAACUCCUUACACCAAAGUGUCAAAAUUCAUCUAUCUUAGUGUGAUGAUUAUCUAUCUAUCUAUCUAUCUAUCUAUCUAUCUAUCUAUCUAUCUAUCUAUCUAUCUAUCUCAUUCUGCUUAUAUAUAUCUAUUAUUAAUGAAUAAAUAUCCCGGAAUAAACAAUUCAUUGCUAUCUAUCUAUCUAUCUAUCUAUCUAUCUAUCUAUUAA